AUGGCUUCGAUAAAAGAUCACUUCCUUGACCUGGAACGGCACCGUCGCCAGCUUGAAGAAAAUGUCGAGAAGCUUCGCAAGGCGAUCACUCACUGGCGCAUGUGCGACGCCGACUACGAGGAACUCAAGGAAGAGGUCGAAGCCAUAUCAGGGCCCGUACACCGCGCAGAUGUGGAUAGGAUAUGUGAUGGAUUUGAAGGUCAAGUCAUCACCGCCAAGGAGGUCAAGGAGAUCUUUGGCGAGGCAACAGUGAAGCCCAAAGCGCAAAUUGUCAACAUCCUUUCACGGCGGAUUGACUAUGUCUCCAAAAAUGUAGAGACCUUGGAGAAGCAGCUUCAGGCCGCGGAGGAGAAGUAUGAAAAGGCCAAUAUUGUCGCCAACCCGGACGUCAUGGAUGAAGAUUCAGGCCUGCCCAUCACGGAUAUCAUCGAGGAGCUUGACGAUGAUAACAACGUCACCUCGUCGCGACUGCAAAGACCGGGCGACUCAACCUCAGCUAUCCGUGAGGCGUUGGAGAAGGCUGGCGUCAAGGAUCUGCCUGAGACGAACGAGCAGCUGCAGGCUGAUGUCGUGGAACUCUCAGGCGAUGAAGAUAACUCGACCAAGGACGAGUACAAUGGGCGCGUUGAAGCACGGAGUCCGGGCGAAGCAGAAUCUAGUACAGCAUCAAGUGCCAUGGAAGUCGACUCGGUAGAGCCUCCUGUGAAAAAAGGCGUUUCCUUUGCGGAAGACACAAAACCGGGCCACGAGCUCAAAGGCGGGGACCCUAGAUUUCGGACGCGGGAGCUUAUGGAUCAAAUCAUGAAAGAAGCCAAGGAUCAGGAGGCACCGCUCUCGAACCCAGUAAUACCGGACGAUGAGCCAGACGAGGACGCUGAUCUCCGGCGGGAGAUGCUCCGGUACGGCAUGACUGACAUUGCGCCCAUUGUUGCCGAGCUUGAAAUCGACGAGGGCACGGGAUCCGAGUUCGAAGAGGAGGAGUUCAGUUCUGAUGAGGACGACGGCUUCGAAGAUGGCGAGGACGAGGAUGAGGACGAGCAUGGGCGGACCAAGUCCCGCGUGGUCGACGACAAGUAUAGGAAGCGCAUGCAGGAACUUGAGGCGCGAUUAGGCAUAAAGUCGAGCCGCCAAAUCGAGGAGGAAGCAGCGACCAAGGCCGCUAGCAGCAUCCCAGAGGAGGGCAUCGCACGUAUCGCUAUCCAAUCACCAGCUUCAAGCCAGCCAGCAGUUACAAGCCAACCUGCCAAGUCGGCCAUGAAGGGCGGCGAUGAGGCUGCGCAAGAGGCGAAGCCCGCGAAGAAGGGAGUUAAAUUCGCAAGCGCGCUGGACAUCGCCCCGGAAACAAAAGCCGAACCAGUUUCGACCUCCGAUGAACCCGACGAGCCAUUCGUCGAUCCCAUGAAAAGCACCAUCGUGGAACGGAGUCCAGCCGCCCAGCCAGCCGCACCAACAGCGAGCGCACCCAAGAAGACUUCACGAUUUAAGAAGGCACGGGCAACCGACUCAAGCCCGAGCUCAGCCGAGACACAGCUCCCUGUUCGCACCAAGGGACCGGCCGAGGCUCCGGCACGCUUCCUCGACCAGGACGUGCGGACCGCCCCGGCAGGACCGGAUGGCAAGACGCUCGCCGGGACGGUCGUCGAGCGGGAUAUGCCCUCGGGCGCCGUGGAGCCGGACGAAUUCGACGCGACUUUGCUACACCAGGAGGCUGCCGUGGAGUACCACCGGAUGCGCAACCGGAUGAUACAGAAGCAGGGCGGCUUCGUGACUCAGAAGGAGGAGGCCAUCGAGUACCCCGAGGACGAGGAGGAAACGGGCGGGAAACGUGUGAGCCGGUUCAAGGCUGCUAGAUUGGGGAAGCAGUAA